AUGAAACUUAAACGAUUAGUUAAUGAAUUACUGCUCGACUUAUUCGAAUAUCUUGAAAGUGUUGAUCUUCUUCGAUGUUUUUUUCAUCUAAAUUCUCGUUUUAAUAAUCUUCUCAUUAUUCAUUUUCAAAGUCAUGGUCUUGAUUUUCGAUCAAUAUCAAAAGAUGAUUUUAAUAUUAUUUGUCGAGAAAAUCUUCAUUUAAUUGCUGAUCGUCUAACUGCAAUUCGUCUUUCGGACGAUAAUGAUACACCGGAUCAAAUUCAUCUAUUUCUCUCUGAUUCAUUAGCUCUUCGUCAAUUUGUUCAAUUAAAAUCAUUAUCACUCUAUCAUAUAUCUUCAAAUGAAAUGAUUAAAAAAAAUCGUCUUUCAAUUAUGUCAUCUUCCUCUUCUUACUCAUUUCAAUUUGAUUAA